AUGGCACAACCACCACCCAUUGCCGUUGUUGGCAUGGGCUGUCGUCUCCCAGGAGGCGCCUCCACCCCUGAGAAGCUCUGGGACCUGCUGAAGGAGGGUCGAUCAGGCCAGGUCAAAGUUCCCAAGGAUCGAUGGAACGCCGAGGCCUUCUUUCAUCCUGACCCAGAGCAGCGUGAGUCUCUGAACGCGCAGAGCUCGUACUUCCUAAAAGAGGACAUCUCUCACUUUGAUGCUCGCUUCUUCAAUUGCACUCCCUCUGAGGCACAUACCAUGGAUCCUCAGGGACGACUACUUUUGGAGACAUCGUAUGAGGCACUCGAGAGCGCCGGAAUUCCUCUUGAGUCUCUCAAAGGUUCAGACACCUCCGUCUUUGCCGGCGUGUUCGGCCGUGACUAUGAUAGAAUGGGGUUCAAGGAUCUUGCACAGAUUUCCAGGGCGCAUCUCACGGGCACAGGUGAGGCUACGCUAUCGAACCGUAUCUCGUAUAUCUUCGAUUUGAAAGGAGCCUCCAUGACCAUCGACACUGGCUGUUCUGCAAGCAUGGCCGCCUUGCACCAAGCCUGUCUUACCCUGAGAGCUGGAGAGUCGCGCGUGGCUAUUGUUGGUGGCGCUGAGCUGUUGAUUCACCCGGACCAAUCCAUCACCAUGAGUGCCACUGGGAUGGUGAAUCCUGAUGGAAAGUGCUACGUUUUUGACAGCCGCGGUUCUGGCUACGCUCGCGGCGAGGGCGCUGCGGCUGUCGUCCUCAAGCUGCUCGAUAACGCAAUCGCAGAUGGUGAUCCCAUCCACGGAGUGAUUGUGCAGUCCGCCCUCAACCAGGACGGAAAGACAGCAGGCAUUUCGCUGCCGAACCCUGAUGCACAGGCGGAUCUGAUGAGACAGGUGUACGCGUCUGCUGGGGUCGAUCCGGGUGAGACCCUCUAUGUAGAGGCCCAUGGAACGGGCACGCAAGCUGGUGAUAACGCAGAGGUUGGAUCUAUCUCGAAGGUAUUCUGUGACGAGUCCAAGUCUAGAAAGACAGAUCUGUAUCUCGGGUCUGUCAAAUCGAACAUUGGUCAUCUCGAGGCUGCAAGUGGUGUUGCUGGUCUCAUCAAGACCAUACUUGUCCUGAAGAAGGGCCAAGUCCCACCACACCUUGAUCUUGAGACGCCCAAGCCAAGCCUGAAAUUAGACGAGCGCCGCAUCAAGGUCCCUCAAGAACUCCUUCCACUGGCACCAAAAGGCCAUACUGGUCCUCAGAGAGCAUCUGUCAACAGCUUUGGGUAUGGGGGUACCAACUGUCAUGUAGUUCUCGAGUCUACAAAUGGCACACGACUGAACGGUGUCAAUGGGUAUCACGCCGAUACCAACGGCCACUUUGUGAAUGGCCACAAUGGUCACCACAAGCAGAAUGGCAUCUUUACUCAAUCGUCGGCCUACGAAGGUCCAUUGCUGUUUACACUCACUGCUGCAUCUGAGACAGCAGCAAAUUCUGCUGCCAAAAAUCUCCAAGAGUGGCUGGCAAAGGAAAGCAUGAGCUACGAUGCUCUUCGCAACCUGUCUUACACGCUCAAUACGCGGCGAUCAUUACUUGCCUGGCGGUCAGCAUUCGUCGCAUCGAAUCAGACUGACCUCUCCACUGAGCUUGGCCAGGGUAAGGCUAUCAAGUCUAAGGCUGGGAUAUCGUCCAUCCAAACUGCCUUUGUUUUCACGGGCCAGGGUGCGCAGUGGUACGCCAUGGGGCGGGAGCUCAUGAAUGGCUCGUCCAUUUUCAGACAGUCCCUUGAUUUGUCUGAUCAUAUCCUUCGAAGUCGAGGCUGUAAGUGGUCGCUACUCGAGGAGCUCACAAAGCCGGAGAAAGAGUCACUUGUCGGUCGCAGCGAGAUUUCCCAGCCAGCCACCACGGCCAUUCAGCUCGCUCUGGUCGAUCUUCUCGCAGACAUAGGGAUUGUCCCCAAGGCCGUUGUAGGCCACAGCUCUGGAGAAAUCGCCGCCGCCUACGCAGCAGGUGCUUUGACACAUGAAGCAGCAAUGAUCGCUUCAUACUGUCGUGGUGUAAUCUCUGCCAGGGCAAAGAAGAUGAAUUCUGUUCCUGGAUCGAUGCUGGCAGUUGGUUCCUCUGAAGAGGCCAUCGCUCCUCUAGCCAAGCAAGCAAAAUGUGGCAAGAUCAGGGUUGCUUGUGUGAACAGCCCAGACAGUGUAACAGUCUCGGGAGAUGAGGCUGCCAUUGACGAGUUGCGAGAGAUCCUCGAGAGCCGCGACAUAUUCGCUAGGAAGCUUAAGGUCGACACGGCCUACCACUCGCACCACAUGGAAACCAUCGCCAAGGACUAUCUCGCAGCCCUCUCUGGCAUGACAUGUGAAGCUCAACUCUCGGGCAAAGUCAGCUUUUACUCAUCGGUCACCGGGCAGCUGAAGACUUCUGGCUUCGAUGCGUCGUACUGGACUGAGAACCUAGUGUCUCAAGUCCGGUUCAGUGACGCGCUGAAUUGUCUUGCUGAUGGCAUGUCCAAGUCAGCUGGCAUCCGGGAUCCAUCCAAUGUCUACGUGGAAAUCGGCCCUCACGCUGCUCUUAUGGGGCCCAUCCGGCAGAUACUGGCCCAAAAGACCGACUACAAGUAUACCUACGCCUCGUGUCUCCAUAGGAACAAGGAUGCCUCUAUCACAGCACUUACCGUCGCGGCUCGGCUUUUCGAGUUGGGAAGUCCCGUUGACUUCCAGUCACUCUUAGGCUUGGACCUCCCUCGUGAAUCUCGGACCCAUAGGCAGUUCAAGACACUGUCCGACCUCCCUACGUAUGCAUUCGAUCAUGGCACGAGGUACUGGUAUGAGUCUCGUCUCAGUCGCGAUCACCGACUCCGUCAGUUCCCGUACCAUGAUUUGGUCGGACUUCUUGACGUUGCCAGUAAUAUCCACGAGCCACGUUGGAGAUACCAUCUCAGUGUCAAGGGAAUGCCGUGGUUGAAACACCAUGUUGUGGACGGAAUGAUUGUCUUCCCGGGUGCUGGCUACGCCACAAUGGCUCUCGAGGCCAUGGCACAAUUGACGAAACUGCGCAAUCCGUCAGCAGAAAUCACCGGCUUUGUUCUUCGAGAUGUGACCUUCUCGAAGCCAGUCGUCCUCAAGGAAGAAGGAUUAGACGGGUCCACACCAGAGGUGGAACUGCAACUCGUCCUUACGCGCAGCAGAACUAGCGACAGUAGUCCCUGGGAGGCGUUCCGAGUUCUGUCCUACGAUGCGGACGGAUCCUGGAGCGAACAUUCCACCGGCCUCAUCAUGGCGCAGACCAGAUCUAGCACGUCGGAUGAAGUCGAAGGCAUUUUGAAUGAGCAGGCGCUGCUCCAGAAAGCCGCAGUCCAGAAGUUCCGCGAGAUCGAACGCGCCAGCAGUGAAACAUUGGACUCGGACGAUGUAUACUCCAUGUUGCGGUCGACUGGUAACGACUUUGGACCCAGCUUCUCAACCCUCUCGAACAUCAAGCUCAGCAAAGACUGCUUAGCCCACGCGACAAUGACCAUUCCAGACAUCUCCCAGUUCAUGCCCAAAUCUUUCCUGCGACCCCAUCUCAUCCACCCGGCAACUCUUGACGCCAUAAAUCAGAUGGCAGCUGUCAUGUUCAAGAGGGAGUGUAGCAACUCGCCGCUCAUGCCCGUCUUCAUGUCCGAAAUCACCAUCUCUGCCAAUAUAAACAGAGAGCCGGGUUCCGAGCUCAUUGUCGCCCUCGAGAUCACUCCAGAGGGCAAAUCUUCAGCCAGUGGCAACUCCUGGUGCUACCAGAGACGACAAGACGGCAAUCUUGAUCUCGUCGCUACAACACACAAAUGGCAGCUUCGUGCUAUUGGCGAAGAGAUUCGGGACGCGCACUCAGUUCCUUUCCAGCGCAAGAUGAAUUACACGAUGCAGUGGGAUAACGACGUGGAUUUCCCGCGCCAGGAGCAGCUCCAAAGGCGCAUUCACGCAUCCGUGUCUGUCGAUGACACCCGCGCCAUCCACGAUGAGCUCAACCUGAACGAGAAAGCGGCGGCCAUCUACCUACGUGAAGCUUUUCAGCGGGUCCAAUCCGCCAGUGACAAGAUCACAACACCGCACCUAUUGAAACUCUACAAGUGGACCGAGAACUAUCUGCAGUCUGAGAUGUAUCGACAGACAAUGUCAAGUAUCGGCUCUGAGUCAGAGGCAUCUGUCCUGCAACGCCUGCUCAAGGAAUCUGGCGUCGAAGGCCGUAUGCUGGCCCGGAUCGGCGAAAACCUGCCUGGUAUUCUCACUGGCGAGGUCGACUCGCUAGCUCUCAUGCUGCAAGGGAAUCUGCUCAAUGAGUUCUAUGCAGAUGGCAUGAUUCGACACAGCAACACGCACAUGGCCAAGUACAUGGAACUCUUGGCCUUCAAGAAACCUCGCAUGGCCAUUCUUGAGAUAGGAGCUGGCACAGGAGGGUCAACACUGCCCUUGAUCCAGGCCUUGGAUCGCCCUGAGGGGCCUCUCUUCGACACUUAUCACUAUACCGAUGUGUCUUCCGGCUUCUUCGAGAAAGCGAAAACCAAGUUCUCUGCUUGGGAUAGUUAUAUGGAGUACAAGACCCUGGAUAUUACCCGUGACCCUGUUGCGCAAGGGUUUGAAGCCAACAAGUACGAUCUCAUCAUGUGCUCUAACGUGUUGCACGCGACUCCAUCCAUGGCAGAGACCAUAUCCAAUACCAGAAAGCUCCUGAAACCUGGGGGAAGACUGGCGCUUGUGGAGAUUACGCGCCUCACGGCCGCCAUCAACACAAUCUUUGGCACACUGUCGGGAUGGUGGGCGUUUGAGGAUGAGCGCAUACAAGGCAACCACGGGCCAUUGCUGACCCGUGACAGCUGGCAUAAUCUUUUGUCUGCGCAUUCUUUCAACGGCGUCGAGGUAGCGAUUGAUGACCACGAGGGGCCAGCCCCUCGAACCUCCACCAUGAUUUCUAUGGCUGUAGAUACAGCACCCGAGAGUCAGACUCGUCGCACUGAGAUCGAUACAGUUCAAAUGCUGUGCACAUCUCCACUAUCUGCUGCUUCCAAGGCACUUGGGAAAAAGAUAGUUUCCGCUGCUGAGAAACAGGGUUUCAGGUCCACUAGCGAGCUGUGGAAUCAGGAUCUCACUCUUGCAGUCCAAGAGAACACUGCCUAUGUCGUUCUGGACAGCGCAGAGACUAGCAUUCUGGCGUCUCCUGAGAAUACUGAGAGUUUUGGCAAACUGAAGACGCUGCUCACGACCUGCAAGUAUCUCCUGUGGGUGAGCUUCCAAGAAUGCAACGAGUCUCCCCAAGCCACCGCAACCAAGGGCCUCGUCACGGGCUUCGCGCGUGUGAUACGCCGCGAAAAUGACAGCGCCCGAUUCAUCACACUCGAUAUAGAAGAGUCUGUCAAGGAUAAAAACCUGGAUACGAUUGUGGACACGGCAAUGCGCGUGGCAGAGACAUGCUUCUGGCCUCAGCCUGGUCAUCAGCCUUCCAAAGAGAUGGAGUACCGUCUGAACCACGGCGGCCAGCUCACGAUCCCUCGUGUGCAGGCAGACACCAACUUCAACAAGUGGAUCGACCAGGUGAACGGAGAGGCGCCGCUCGACCUCUGUGCCUACCAGGACGCUACACGGCCUCUGAAACUAGAGGUUGAGACGCCUGGCCUUCUCUCUAGCCUGCGCUUUGCCGAUGACGAGUCCCACGAGCGACCCCUGGCCAGGGACGAGAUUCAGCUGGAAGCCCGUGCUUACGGCGUCAACUUUCGAGAUGUUUUCAUCGCCCUUGGCCAGAUGUUGCCUGGUCUGCCCAUGGCUGGUGAAUGUGCUGGUGUGGUGACUGCUGUGGGCAAAGACCUCCACGGCGAGUACAAGGUGGGCGACCGGGUGAUGGGUCUGGGCGCACAGGCUUUCGCGAGCCAUCCUCGGCUCAAGGGACAUUGGGCUCACGCCUUGCCUUCCACGCUUGACCUGGGCUUUGACGCGGCCGCCUCGAUGCCCAUUAUUUUCCUCACAGCAUACCACUGUCUCAUCGAUAUUGCUCACCUUUCCAAGGGCCAGACAGUGCUGAUCCAGGCUGCCUCUGGUGGCGUUGGACAGGCGGCCAUACAGAUUGCACAAUGGGUCGGUGCUGAGGUUUUCGCGACGGUGGGCAGUGCUGAGAAGCGCAAGCUGAUCAUGGACGCGUACGGUAUUCCCGAGACACACAUCUUCUCUUCUCGCAAUACAUCAUUCAAGGACGGUGUCCUGCGAGUGACCAAGGGUCGUGGCGUGGAUGUGGUCCUCAACUCACUGGCAGGCGAGAUGUUAACAUCCAGUUGGGACUGUGUGGCGCCUCUGGGUUUCCACCUGGAGAUUGGAAAAGCCGAUAUCUACAAGAGGAGUCAUUUGAACAUGGUUCCCUUCGACAGAAGCAUCACUUUUUCUGCAGUGGAUCUCCUCGUCUUAUUCCAUAAGAGACCACUUCAGAUGUACAAGAGCUUCGGGGAGAUCGUUAAGCUUCUGGACCAGGGCGUCCUCCAUGCCGUGACACCGCUCAUGACGAUGGACAUGGACCAUGUUGAGCAAUCCUUCCGCCUCAUUGCUGGUCGCAAGCAUACAGGCAAGGUCAUCCUCAACAUUCCAGAGCACAAGACUCUCAUGGUGAACGCAGUGGCCCCUCCACCACCUUCUCUGCAACUCGACAAGAAUGGUACAUAUGUUAUUGCUGGUGGUCUCGGGGACCUUGGGAGAAGAAUUGCUCGUGUCCUAGCCGCGCACGGCGCCGGCCACAUCCUGUCUCUCUCUCGUCGCGACCUAGACGCCUCGACCAAGAGUCAUCUCGAACAAGACAUUCGAUCACUCGGGGCCCAGCUGCAUAUCGCCAAAUGCGACAUCACGGACAUGGCCAAUGUGAAAUCCAUUGCAGCUCAAUGUCAAAAGAGCCUCCCUCCUGUCAAGGGCGUUAUCCAUGGCGGCAUGGUCUUGAGAGAUCAUCCACUGCUGCACAUGAGCCUGGAUGACUACAAUACCGCGUUGGGUCCUAAAGUCAAGGGAACUAUCAACCUGGACGCAGCGUUUGCCUCGCCUCAUCUUGACUUCUUCAUCAUGCUCUCCUCUGUGACUUGCAUUCUCGGCAAGACGGGGCAAGCAAACUAUUCUGCCGGCAAUGCAUUCCAGGAUGCCUUUGCGCAUGCACACCGACAACAACAAUCUUCUUCUUCUGGGACGCGCUAUAUCUCUCUCAACCUGGGUGCCGUCGAUGGCUCCGAGGCCAUCAUCUGCCUGUCUGUCCGGCAGCAAGAGUUGAUGCGAGCCAGUGCGAUCCUAAUGUCCUUUGAGGAAGUCUUCAAGGUCCUUGAGUAUGCCAUGGGCCCACGAGCUGUGCAGGACGGCUGUGUGCAGACCUUGAUGGGAUUUGAUCGACAAUCGAUCGUCGCGGUCAACGACGAAUUCUCUCUUUCCAAUCCCCUGUUGAGUAUGAUCCCAUACACGCGCGCGAGUCGUGGUGGUGCUGGCGGUGCUGGAGACGGCAAGGUCGACGUGCAGGCCUCCAUCAAGGCAGCCAAGUCGAUGAAGGAUGCUGAGGAGGUCAUCAUGUCGGCCAUUGUCAAGAAGUUUUCUGUGUUCCUCGACCGCCCCGUUGAGGAUAUAAGCUUGGAUCAACCCUUGGCCACUUUUGGCAUGGACUCUCUUGUGUCGAUCGAGGUCAAAAACUGGAUGGUACGGUCUUUCGAAGUGACCAUAUCGGCGGCAGAGGUGACUGGUGCUAGCAGUAUUCCUGCCCUUGCUGAAACCAUCGCCUUGAGGUCAAAGCUGAUCGGCGACGAUGUUCGAGGAGAUGCCUCCUCUUCAGACCAGCAAGCAUCCUCCUCCCAAGACGCAGCCAAUGGCACCUCAGCAGAUGGAAAGAAGGCGAGUAAUAAUUCCAACAGCAAGGCCAAGCAUGGCCACGACUGUUGUCGGCAGGUCGAUAUUCUCCCGCGCCAACCGAUCCCGGAUCUUCAAGCCUCCCUCGAGUAUUUCAUCUCCAACGCCAGUCACUUUGCCAAGUCACCCAAGGAGCUGGAAAAUCUCAAGUCAGCCGUUGCAUCCUUCGUCGCAAAAGGCAGCACCGCCCGUCAGAUCUACGAACAGCUCGCCGCUCGGGCAGCUGAUUCAAAUAUAGAGUCCUGGAGUAGCGACGUCGUCACCGAGAGCCUUCACCUGCGCCCUCGGUUCCCUCUGAUGCACAAGAGCUUCAGCGCCUCGCACUACGACAGCUCUGUGCCGCACUCUCAGGCAGCGCGGGCUGCAUUGAUCGCUGAAGCCGCUUUCCGUCACAAACAAGCCCUCGAGGCUGGCGAGGUGGAGGGCCUGGCUCCGUUUGGUGUUCCGCUCUGCAUGUACUCGUCUACGUGGCUAUUCAAUGCCACUCGCGAGCCACAUAUUGGCUGUGACCAGAUGCGCAAGUAUGAAGGGGAUUACUGCGUGGUGUUGCGCCAUGGACGAGUCUUCAAGGUUUCCCUGCAAGACAGCGCCCAGAACAAGAACACAACUGUGGCAAGACUGGAGAAGACAUUCCAGGCUAUCUUGGACGAGUCUCCUGACGAUGAGCCAGACGCCUCCAUUGGCCUGCUGACAUCUGAUCAUCGUGACGCCUGGGCUGAGAACCGAGAGGCUCUCCUUAAGAUCGACCCGCAGAACGCAGCGUACCUUCACACGAUCGAUGCUGCCGCGUUUCUUGUCUGUCUUGAAGAUACCGCGGUCCAUUCCGCCUCUGAGAGAGUGCAGCAGUGCAUCCAGGGCGACGGCUCCAACCGCUGGUAUGACAAGUGUCUGCAGUUCAUUGUGGCCAAGAACGGAACGUCGUCGUUUAUCGGCGAACACUCCAUGUUGGACGGCCAGAGCAUGCUGCGGCUGAACGAAGCCAUCCACGAGGCCAUCCGAGGAUACCGACCCGGACAGCACGCGACAAACGGUACCAAUGGCAAGAUGAGCGCAGAUGGUAGUGAACGCAUCCAUCUGGAGGAGUACACUGCCGUCACUUCUCCCGAGCUACAGGAGAAGAUGGAGACCCUCCGCGAGAAACACCGGCACAUGGCCUCUCUGCGCCAACACGCCGUCCACAGCCUCCCCUCGCUGAACAAGAAGCUGUUCACGUCUUACAACCUUCCCCUCAAGGCCAUUGUGGACGUCACCAUCCAGCUGGCCAGCCGUCUCUACUUUGGUCACAACCCAGCCAGCUGGGAACCAGUCAACAUGGCGCGCUACCACAAGGCCCGUCCCGACAUGAUCCAGCAAGCCUCAGGAAUUGUCGCGGCCUUCUGUUCGGCGGCGGCGACGGGUGCCUCGCUCCCCCAGAAGGAGCUCAGAGCCAUGAUGGUGAGCGCGGCAGAGGAUAUCAACGACAAUUCCGCGCGGGCUGCGCGGGGCGAGAACCACUACAGCCUUUUGGAUGCCAUUCAGGCCAUGUGGCCUGCGGGCGAGGAUUCUGCAGCCAUCUUUCGGGACCCUCUCUACCAGAGAGCGCAGCCACACCGCCUGAUCUCGGGCAUUACGGACUCAGAGGCAUCUUUCGCCCAGUCUUACUUGUUGCUCUGGCCUGAUGCGUUAUGGAUGUUGUAUACCCCUCAUGAAGAAGAGACUACGUUCUCUAUAGUUGGACCUUCGGGUGGGUUAGCUAGAUUUGAGAAAUGUUUGGACGACGCGGCGGGUAUCAUCAGGAAUCUGGUCGUUUCUUGAGUGGUUGAUUUGCCCUUUUUGUUACCGAUGUCUAGAGUCAGCUUUUCAUAGUUUUUCUCCCCCAAAGCUCAUCAAAAUUUGCUCUAAUUGAAGAAAUUAAUUAAC